GAGCGCACAGCACCGCUCCACCAGGAAGGCGACCGGAGCCCAGCCAGCUCCCCGGAGGCGGUUCCCCCACUGCUCUCACACCAUGGAUAUGCACCUCUUCGACUACGUGGAGCCAGGGAACUUCUCCGACGCGGUGUGGCCCUGCAACAGCAGCGACUGCAUCGUGGUGGACACGGUGCAGUGCACUGGCCUUCCCAACAAGAGCGUCCUGCUCUACACGCUCGCCCUGGUCUACAUCUUCAUCUUCGUCGUUGGCAUGGUGGCCAACUCCGUGGUGGUCUGGGUGAACAUCCAGGCCAAGACCACCGGCUACGACACGCACUGCUACCUGCUGAACCUGGCCAUCGCUGACCUGUGGGUGGUCCUCACCAUCCCAGUCUGGGUGGUCAGCCUGGUGCAGCACAACCAAUGGCCUAUGGGGGAGCUCACGUGCAAGGUCACGCACCUCAUCUUCUCCAUCAAUCUGUUUGGCAGCAUCUUCUUCCUCACUUGCAUGAGCGUGGACCGCUACCUGUCCAUCACCUACUUCACCAGCACGUCCAGUGCCAAGAAGAGGCGGGUGCGCCGCACCGUCUGUGUCCUGGUGUGGCUGUUGGCCUUCUGUGUGUCGCUGCCCGACACCUACUACCUAAAGACCGUCACGUCUGCCUCCAACAACGAGACCUACUGCCGCUCCUUCUACCCCGAGCACAGCAUCAAGGAGUGGCUGAUCGGCAUGGAACUGGUCUCCGUUGUCCUGGGCUUUGUUGUCCCCUUCUCCGUCAUCGCCGUCUUCUACUUCCUGCUGGCCCGAGCCCUCGCGGCGUCUGGCGACCCCGAGAAACACAGCAGCCGCAAGAUUAUCUUCUCCUACGUGGUGGUCUUCCUGGUGUGCUGGCUGCCCUAUCACGUGGUGGUGCUACUGGACAUUUUCUCCAUCCUGCACUACAUCCCUUUCACCUGCCACCUGGAGAACGCGCUCUUCACGGCGCUGCACGUGACGCAGUGCCUGUCCCUGGUGCACUGCUGUGUGAACCCGGUGCUCUACAGCUUCAUCAGCCGCAACUACCGCUACGAGCUGAUGAAGGCGUUCAUCUUCAAGUACUCAGCCAAGACGGGGCUCACCAAGCUCAUUGACGCUUCCAGAGUGUCAGAAGCCGAGUACUCGGUGCUGGAACAGGGCGCCAAGUGAUGGGCUCAUCUGGCAUGUGAGGACUGUGGGCUCCUGGCCCCACGGGGGUCAGGCUGCGUGGGUUCCUAUGAGGGAGGUGGAACAGCUUUGCUCUGGGUGUUUGAGGGGCCCAAGAGGGGAGCAGGUGUCACCGUGUGUCCAACCUGCAGGCUGUACAUUCUGGCAGUUCCAGAGCAGGUGCAAGCUAGGUCAGCUCCAGGACUGGCCGGCCCGGGCGUAUCUGUACAGUAAAAUGUGAUGUGUUCCUUGGAAAUUUUUUAUGGUGAUUUGUAUUUAAGUUUUCAGACUGUAUUUUCUCACUAUUGGUGUACCUUAUCAUAAAUGUAUUUGGAAAGUUAAAAUAUAUUUUAAAUAUUGUACAGGAGAAAUCAGACUGACAUAUCUGAAGUGUGGUAGUUGAAGGGCUAGCUUGGCUUCAGUGUUGACUAAGGACGACAUUAAUCGUUAGCUGAUCUGAAAGUUUAUAUAUGUGUAUAUAUAUAUGAAUAUAUAUAAAUAUAUGCCAGUCCUGGCUGAAAUGU